AUGAAUGUGUUUCAAACGGUUCACCCUUUGGGUGCGCACAGUGACUUCCGGAAGAAUGUUGUGAUGCUAGUGUUGGCGGAAAUGGUUAUCGGUGCAUUGGUGCAGGCAGUUUCGGCAAACGGUAUACAAAAUGAGUUCCACGCUCAUCGGUCCCUAUCCGGACGGCAGAUUGCCAGCCGACGUGAUACGCGUUUCCUUCCAAUUUUCACCGUAUACCAGUGGGGUCAAGGACUCUGCUCGGCCGCUUCCGGCGAGUACGGUUCCUGCCAGCCGAACAACGAGUGCGUCCUGCGUGGAGGCAUCCCGGCCGGUCCUUGCGCCGGUGGCUACGGAACGUGUUGUAUUUUUAUGGCAUCGUGCGGCGGAGUCGUGCGUGAGAAUGGGACGUACUUCGUCAAUCCGAACCAUCCGGAUAGUACCGACGGUACGGGAAGUUGUCAGCUGACCAUCCUGAAGAUGCACCCGGACAUCUGCCAGGUGCGGUUGGACUUUGACCACUUCUCGCUGCAUGGUCCGGAGAUCGUGAACCAUAUCUGCAAUACGGAUCAGUUUCUGGUGUCCGGAGGGAGUCCGGCGCCAACGAUUUGUGGAAGCGCCACGGGGGAACAUAUGUACAUUGACGCAGGCAUGGGCCAGAGUAAUCCCAUCAUUCUGACCGUCAUCACCAGUGGGCCCAGCUUUGCCCGAUCGUGGCGCGUCCGGAUAUCGCAGAUCCCGUGCGGUGCCAUCGCCAAAGCGGACCAGGGCUGCUUGCAGUAUCAUACGGGCGUGAGUGGCCGGGUGAGAAGCUUCAACUUCGACCCAACCAACGGACGGCAGCUGUCGAACCAGGACUACAGCAUUUGCAUCCGGACGGAGCGCAACUUCUGCAGCAUCCAGUAUACGGCCUGUCCGGGCUCGCUGCCCGGAAACCGGUCGCGCACCUUCACCCUGUCCGGAAACUCGAAUAGCAUCGUGCAGGCGAUGGUGGGUGGCGGUACUCAGGGUACGCCGAACUCUUGUACCAACGACUGGCUGAUGGUGCCGUGCGCCAAGAUUGCCGACCGGCUGCCGAUGGCCAGCACCUGCGAGGACAAAAUCUGCGGCGGAACGUUCAACGCGGAGGUCAGCUCGGUCGAGCGGACGGUGGUAUCCACCAUACGACCCUUCCGGCUGGCGUUCCACACGGACUCGAUCGAGGCCCCGACCGACGUAGACAACCGUGGCUUCUGUCUCGAUUACGUCCAGCAACCGUGCACUAGUAAUAAGUGA